AUGCCGACGGCGCAGCAACAACGCAGCAGGCAAAGCAAGGAGCAGCGCCAGUCUGUCAAGACAUGCGAGGUAUCCGAUGCUCAAGCUGCUGAGAAAUCAGAGACGAGAUGUGAUCUUAAGCUGAACGACGACUUUCUUACGUGGCUUCGUCCCUUAUCUGAGGUCUUGGAACAACAACUGAGACGGCAUGUCAACGCCACGCUAGACUUGUUCUCGUUGCUCCCGCGUGGGUCGGAGAGAGACAGCGGAGCCGACCGGACAAGGCAGGUUUGGAAAUUCAGGGAUUUUUCGAGCAUUGCAGUUGAAAUCACCUGGUCUGGAUCGAAACCGUGGAAACGAGUCGCUGCAAUUGAAGUACACUGCAAGUGUGACGUCGUCGCAGACAAGCGGCCCCAGCCGGAAGCUGUGGAUCUGCAAGCUGGUUCAUCAUUCAAGGAUGCAAAGAUCUUCUGGCGGCAGCGCUUCCUGCUAGGGUUUGCAGAGGCGCGGCAGAAGUUGAAGAACACCGACCAGGGCAAUGGCUUCAUCUGGGCCAAGUACGGAGAAAAGGCGAUGCUAAACUUGUUGACUGAUCUUAUCCUGGAAAGUAUUCUGGUGGAUUUGGGCGAGCAAGACCUUUCCUCUUGCUUGGGCGGGGUUGGACCGGGACUGUCGCAGUUAUCACAGUCUGAGCCCAACACAUCCAUCAUACCGGCAUACCCCGUUCUGAACGAUAAUUUUUACGUCCCCUUGCAGCAGCAAAUGAGUCCACCGGAAUUUCUCAAACUGGCCGUCAUCCUUUGGAAGGCUGCCGCUCAAAGCCCGGAAGCCUUGCAGAAGGCUCUCGAAGAUCUCCAGGGCUGCCAGGCAGCUUCCAAUGUUCCGGUCCUCACGGUCGCUCUGAACACACCUGUUGCAUACAGAUCGGCCACCAAAAACAAGCUUAUGAUGGGGCCGUUACUCAUGUUCAUGCUCGAUGGCUGUGGACAUGAUCGGGAAAGUACUUGCAUGAACAGUAUGGUGGAGUCGCUGGUGGCGCAUGGUGCCGAGGUCAACGCGACUUACGACAUGUACCCGAUUGGUGCACAGCAUGGCUUUGGCCAAUUCCCACUCUUGUGUUUGGCAGGGGAUGACAAUGCAAUGACCAAGUGCCUGCUUAGCUGUCGCGCUCAGCCGGAUCGUGCAAGCAGCUUGAAUUUUUUCCCAUCCUCAACGCCGCUUUGGACUGCCGUUUGGCGUCGAAAGGAGUUUUUGAUCAAUACAUUGCUGGACCAUGGUGCUGAUGUAGAUGUCAACAACUUCGGCUGGUACCCUGAUUAUCCGCCCCUUGUUUUGAGUCAGGAAGCUGCUGGCUGCAGUGUUCUGGGAUUGGCUGCUACCGCAUUGGGUAGAGAUGUCGUCUGCAGCCUGCUGAAGCAUGGUGCGGAGCUGGGAGACUGCACAUACGAGUUAGCCAAUUGCUUGCUGGAGAAUGUGAAGCCUCUGGCAUUGCAUGUCGCAAAGGCACAGCCAGACAAGAUGGCCAAUGGAAAGCUUCUGAAGCAGAUCAGUCGCAUGAGAGCCGAACUCAUCCUACAUGAGGUGCUUCGAGACACAGAAGCCAGGUCGAAGUUCAUGAAAUCGAUCGAGAAGGUUUGUCGAAGCUUGGACUCCGAGGACUACCGCGGCUUCAUGGACAUGCUCCUCGACUUGAUCCACAAAGCACCCUCAGGAGCCGCAAAGCUCUGCGACAUGGGGCUCGCCGUACCCUCCCGAAAAGACCCGCGCCGGUGUGCCCUGCCAACCUGCAGCCUUUUUCUAAAACAUGAGCCGCAGAAUGUCGUAUACGUCUACGGCACGGAGUGGAGCUCUGAUGCACACUUUGCGGAGCAGCUUGCACCUCCUGUUGACACCCGCGACUAUUUGCAGGAAUUAAUGUCAGAGAACCUCUUCGGGCUUCAAGUUCCAUGGAUUUUGCUUGGUGUGUUGAGGGACCUUUUUCUGCCUGAUCGGCACGAUGCUUUGUUCUGCAGCAUUUUCGUCCUGCGGAUCCCUAACAUCAUCAACAUCAAGGUGUUGCGUGCUAUGCGGCGAUUGCCAACCGAGCAGCUGGUAAGACUGUUCAAAGACAGCAUCGUCUUCCGCGCCAUCGCGAUGCAUGUCUGGGCAUUGCUGCACAGAAUGUUUGUUAUGGAUGUGGUGGCGACACUGUUGCAAUUUCUGAGUCUCCUUCUCUGGUGGCAGAACUCUGAAGUUCAAGCUUUGGUCCGGGUUCUGUGGAUCUUGUUUACUUCGGUUGUCCUACUGGAUGCAUCCACCUGGCUCUUGAUGGCAUGCCAGUUUCAAACGCCAUCUCUGAAGCUUACCAUGCAGGUCGGCUUUGGUUUCUGGAUGUCGUUUCAGAGUUGGGGUGCGAGCACGGUGGAUCGGUCAGCAAUGGCGUGCAACCUGGGGCUCUGCCUCAUUGGCAUUAUCUACGAGCUGCGGCUCUACCACCCGCUGGGCCUGCCAUUGGGCCGAAAUUUGUUGCCUAUCCUGAAUGCAGCCCGGACGAAGGAGUUCACAGCCAUGCUGAUGCUGAUCGUCACUGUCCUGACGGCUACAUUUCUUGCGGCGAGUGUGGAGUUCAGCGAGUAUGGUGGGGAGCUAUUGCCAGUUGCAGUUAGAACAUGGCAAACCCUGAUCGUGGGAGAGUCAUCGCUUUUUGACGUGGACGAGUAUUCUCAUCAUGCACUUCGAUACUUCCUGGUCUCUUCUGCAUUCUUUGCCUGCAACAUAGUGCUCAUGAACAUCUUCAUUAACGUAACUGGUGCGGGGUACGAUGACGAGCGCAGAAACAUUGUGGGGACAUUCUUGGUUGAAAGGUUUCAUGCUUGCAUGGAAAGCGUGGAAGUCGCAGGAUGGUCGAGGCGUCUAGUCCUCUCUCUUUUCAGUGUAGCUCUCUGCGUUCGUAUGCUCAUCAGCUUGGGUUUCGGAGAUGUGCUGGCAGCUGUCUGGGAGGCUUGCAUUCUGCUGUGCUGGUUGUUGCUGUACUUGCUUCAGUGGCGCUUGUGUCGUGAAGCGUGCCAACUGCGUGAAAGUGUGGAGGCAGUGCAACCUGCAGUUGCCUGGCAUUUGUGGGUUUGCCUGCCGUCAGAAUGGGAGAAUGAGACCGCCACAGAAGCAAGCUGUGAUCAACAGAGUGGUCUCCGCGAUCUGGGCAAAGCACUGGGUAGUUUGAUGAAACAGAUGGCAGAGCUGCUUCAAAACGCGGAAAAGCUGCUUCAACGACAGCAACGCCUGCGCACCACCAGCUCCAAGCGAUCCGGCAAGAAGGGCGGGUUCGAUGCACUAUGCGACAGCAACCCGAAAGGCAUUUCGUCGGAUUUCUCGUGGCUCGAAGACCUGCUCGUUGCAGCAGAGCUCAGAAGGCACAUCGACCCCGCAACAAGAUGGGCCGAGGAGAGGGACAUUGUCCAAAGUGAUUUCCUCGGUGGGAAUGAAGUCUCUGCGGCCUCCAGGGAGGAGGCAUUCACACACAUGGAUGAUUUGUCGAAGCACCUAAAGUUGAGUGCGGCCGCUACGCAGCGGUUGUACAAACAACUGCAGAACAGGUGGAUUACACCGAAGCUUGCCGCUGCCCAGGACUAG